AUGGCGUCGCCAUAUCGUUUCUCUGCAGAAAACGCAAGAGAAUCAAUACGGAAGACCGGCGCAUUUGCUGUGAAAAAUACGUCAAUAGGACAAAGUGUUGUUGGUUUCCAGAAAAGACUGCCUUUCAAGACACCAGAAGGCUUGGAAUUCUGUGCGCAGAACAGUCUUCUGAAUGAGGAUGUCCGGACUGUAAUAGAGUCAAGUAUCGAUCGGCCACACUGGGGACUCGCUAAAAUAUAUCGUGGCGACAUACUUCCGUCUGAUCGAGCUUAUUUCUUUUUCGACGGACCUGAUAUGCAAGUCGUUCUCAUCCUGCUAUGGAGUCCGGGAUCACGCUUCCUUUUUUUCGAAGGUUCACAUAGUCUGAAAUUACCCGAUAAGGAGGAAUCUGACUUUGGAAUACUUACAUUGCCCCACGACCAAAUGCGAAGGGAAGGCGUUACGGAAGUCGAGGUUGAGAUGUCUCAAGGCGGAUUCACUAUUAUAGACGGCCGAGUUGGUUGGACUGUUAUUGAAGGAUACCAAAUCGCUAUUGGAUAUGCAUCAGAAGCAGAGAUCAGUCAUUGGGGAAAGGUCGAACUGGGCAACACAGAAGCUCUCCAAAAAAAGGUCAAGGACUUGAAUGCGCGUGGAAUAAAGACAAACUUUACAUUCGUGGAUGGGUUGGAUGCUUCCAGACACCGUUUCUAG